UCCGCCCCCCAGCCUCCGCUGCGGCGGGAGGAAGAACCCUCUCCGACCAGCCAGGGGAGCCCAGAUCGAUUCCCAUUCGGGGAGAAAGAAGAGACCCCGCUCUCCAACCAGCCCGACUCGCCCCGGGGCCUCGGAAGUGGCUCGCCGCCUGCGGGGGAGCCCGCGCCCCGCGCAGCCCCGACCCUCGCCCGGCCGCUGCCGCAUAGACAGCGCUCCCCCGAGGGCCCCCGGCCCCGCCGAGCCCACUCCCAGCGCGGGGCCCGGGCCGGCGAUGCCAGGCACGGCAGCGGCGGUGGCCGCGGCUGCUGCUGGUACUGCCACCGCUGCCACGGCCGCUGGCCCGGGCCCGGGCUGGGGACUCGAGGCUCCGCAGUGGGGCUGAACCCGCAGCCCCGCCCCCCGAGCCUGAAGCCGCUGCUUUGCCGGGCGCCGGGCCUCCUCAGCCCGCGCCUCCACCCCAGGAGCUGGAGCCAAGCGGGGAGCCCGGGCCCCGCGCCCAGGCCCGGACCAUGCACGGCCACCGAGCCCUGGGGGGCGCCGGGCCUUCUGAGCCCGAACACCCGGCCGUGAACCCCCCCGGCGCCGCUCCACCGGCCUGUGCCGACUCGGACCCCGGAGUCUCGGAGCCUGGACCGCCGGUGCUCAGGGACUCGGGCUUGGCUCUCGGCGGAGCCCUGGAGCCCCCGUUUGCCGGACCCUCGGACGCUGGCCUCGGCGCGACUCCAGGCCCCCGGGUCUUGCCCUGCGGCCCCAGCCCGCAGCACCACCGGGCCCUGCGCUUCUCCUACCACCUGGAGGGCUCGCAGCCCCGGCCUGGGCUGCACCAGGGAAACCGGAUCCUGGUGAAAAGUUUGUCCCUUGACCCUGGCCAGAACAUUGAGCCUCAUCCAGAAGGUCCCCAGCGGCUUCGCUCAGACCCUGGCCCCCCCACCGAAACCCCCAGCCAGCGUCCUUCGCCACUGAAGCGGGCACCAGGCCCAAAGCCACAGGUCCCCCCAAAGCCCAGCUACCUGCAGAUGCCCCGGAUGCCCCCUCCACCCGAGCCCAUCCCCCCUCCACCAUCACGCCCGCUGCCUGCAGACCCCCGAGUGGCCAAGGGCCUGGCUCCCAGGGCAGAGGCCAGCCCUAGUUCCGCAGCCGUAUCCUCACUGAUCGAGAAAUUUGAAAGGGAGCCUGUGAUUGUCGCCUCGGACAGGCCAGCCCCUGGCCCCAGCCCAGGUCCCACAGAGCCAGCCAUGCUGCCACAGCCACCCCCGCAGCCUCCGGUGCCCCAGCUCCCCGAGGGCGAGGCCUCCCGUUGCCUCUUCCUGCUGGCUCCUGGGCCCCGGGAUGGCGAGAAGGUGCCCAACCGGGACAGCGGCAUUGACAGCAUCAGCUCACCGUCCAACAGCGAGGAGACCUGCUUCGUCAGCGAUGACGGGCCCCCCAGCCACAGCCUCUGCCCCGGGCCCCCUGCCCUGGCCAGUGUCCCCGCGGCCUUGGCUGACCCCCACCGGCCCAGCUCUCAGGAGGUGGAUAGCGACCUGGAGGAGGAGGACGAGGAGGAGGAGGAGGAGAAGGACAGAGAAAUCCCAGUGCCCCUGAUGGAAAGACAGGAGUCUGUGGAGUUGACCGUGCAGCAGAAGGUGUUCCACAUUGCCAAUGAGCUCCUGCAGACCGAGAAGGCCUACGUUUCCAGGCUCCACCUCCUGGAUCAGGUGUUCUGUGCCCGGCUGCUGGAAGAAGCCCGGAACCGCAGUUCCUUCCCGGCCGAUGUUGUCCAUGGCAUCUUCUCUAACAUCUGCUCCAUCUAUUGCUUCCACCAGCAAUUCCUGCUGCCUGAGCUAGAGAAGCGCAUGGAAGAAUGGGACCGCUACCCACGCAUCGGAGACAUCCUGCAGAAGCUGGCGCCCUUCCUCAAGAUGUACGGCGAGUAUGUGAAAAACUUCGACCGCGCCGUGGAGCUGGUCAACACCUGGACAGAGCGCUCCACCCAGUUUAAAGUGAUCAUCCACGAGGUGCAGAAGGAGGAAGCCUGUGGCAACCUGACGCUUCAGCACCACAUGCUGGAGCCCGUGCAGCGCAUCCCCCGCUACGAGCUGCUUCUCAAGGACUAUCUUCUAAAGCUGCCCCACGGCUCCCCGGACAGCAAGGAUGCCCAAAAGUCUCUGGAGCUGAUAGCCACCGCCGCGGAGCACUCUAACGCUGCCAUCCGUAAAAUGGAGCGAAUGCACAAGCUGUUGAAAGUAUAUGAGCUGCUGGGGGGUGAGGAAGACAUCGUCAGCCCCACCAAAGAGCUCAUCAAAGAAGGCCACAUCCUUAAGCUGUCAGCGAAGAAUGGGACCACUCAAGACCGAUACCUCAUAUUAUUCAAUGACCGCCUCCUCUACUGCGUGCCCAGGCUGCGGCUCCUUGGCCAGAAGUUUAGCGUGCGGGCACGCAUCGAUGUAGAUGGCAUGGAGCUAAAGGAAAGCUCCAACCUCAAUCUGCCUCGGACCUUCCUGGUGUCAGGAAAGCAGCGCUCCCUGGAGCUCCAGGCCAGGACUGAGGAGGAGAAGAAAGACUGGGUCCAGGCCAUCAACUCCACCCUUCUGAAGCAUGAACAGACGCUGGAGACCUUCAAACUGUUGAACUCAACAAACAGGGAAGAUGAAGACACACCCCCUAACUCUCCAAACGUGGAUCUUGGGAAGCGUGCACCAACACCCAUCCGAGAAAAGGAAGUCACCAUGUGCAUGCGCUGCCAGGAGCCCUUCAAUUCCAUCACCAAGCGCAGGCACCACUGCAAGGCCUGCGGGCACGUGAGUGUUGGGAGGCUGGGCAGAGCCAGGGAGGGGCCAGGCUGGCCACCAGAAGGCCCACUUCUGAGAGGGCAGGGUGAGGAAAGGCCGGGAGUCCAUCAUGGGAGUUGGGACACUGAAGGGGAAGGCUUUCUGGAAAUCAGGCAUCUCUUGCCCAUUUGCCACUUCAGGUGGUUUGUGGGAAGUGCUCCGAGUUCCGGGCCCGCCUCAUCUAUGACAACAAUCGCUCCAACCGUGUGUGUACUGACUGCUAUGUGGCCUUGCACGGGGUGCCUGGGAGUAGCCCAGCCUGCAGCCAGCAUACACCCCAGCGCCGGAGGUCCAUCCUGGAGGCGCGUGCACAUUUUGGUUUUGUUUCUUAGCCAAAUCGAGAAGCAGGCCUCAGUGGCUGCGGAGAACAGCGUCAUCUGCAGCUUCCUGCACUACAUGGAGAAGGGCGGGAAAGGCUGGCACAAGGCAUGGUUUGUGGUCCCUGAGAAUGAGCCCUUGGUGCUGUACAUCUAUGGAGCCCCUCAGGAUGUGAAAGCCCAGCGCAGCCUGCCCCUCAUUGGCUUUGAGGUGGGGCCUCCUGAGGCCGGGGAGCGGCCCGACAGACGGCAUGUCUUCAAGAUCACCCAGAGCCACCUGAGCUGGUACUUCAGCCCCGAGACAGAGGAGCUGCAGCGGCGCUGGAUGGCUGUGCUCGGCCGGGCGGGCCGUGGGGACACGUUCUGCCCGGGGCCCACACUGUCUGAGGACAGGGAGAUGGAAGAGGCACAGGUGGCAGCUUCAGGAGCCACCGCUGAACCCUCUGAAGCCCCCCAGACCCGAGACAAGACCUAGAGGGUUUGGGGGGACUUGGGGCCCCCUGCCCCACACUCUAGCUGCCCAUGUCCGACUGGGGGCCCCAGCCCCCUCCCUCCCAGCUCAGUCAAUACUUGAACUCCCAUCAUGGGCACUUUCAAUCCCGAAUGCUGGGUCUUGGGUUUUUUAAUUCAUCUUUUCACAAAAUGGGGGCUUUUAAAAGAAAUAUUCCUACAGUGAUGUUCAUUUUUUUUAAUCCCCGUCCCCAGGGAGGGUGGGAGCUGUUGCUAGACCUGCCUGAACUAGGCCGUUUCCCCAUCCCCUCAAUACCCCACAGAUUCUGCCCUCUACCCCAUCCCCCUAAAAGCACCAGAGGCAGGAGAGACCUGGAUUCAAGUGCCAGUUCACCCACUGGGGCCCUGGCCCACCCCUGUCCCCUCACCCAGUGUCUUCACACGUACGAUGCGAGGUGGAGCAGUGACCAGAUCCUUCCUGCCUCUCCAUGGCUUACAGCUUCUACCCAAUCCCAAGGCUACCCAGUAUUUUAUCGUCCAGACCCAUGGCAGGGCCACCGGGCAGGACAGGGGAACAGGGGGGAAGAACAAUGGAUACUCUCGGUUUUGUUUUGUUUUUUAAAGAAAAAAAAAUACAGUUUAUUUCAGGCUUAUGGAAACUUUCAGGGCACUG